CUGCCUGUGAAAACCCAGCUUAAGUCAUUUUUUGUGAAUUUGUUUUCUAUAGAAAGUAAUUCUGCAUAAUGUACAGAACAUCUUUAAUAUUGGUUGAGUAAGGUCAUGUCAAAGAUUGAAAUCAAUGAGCGAAAUCAAACUUUUAGAUUAUGAGACUUUAGCCUGGAUUGACAGAAAAGGUCACAUUCUUGAUGUGCUGUGAUUUUUCUCAUUUGCUGCAUCUUUUCUCUGUUAAAGGCGGGGUGCAUGAUCUCUGAAAGCCAAUGUUGAUAUUUAAAAUCACCUAAACAAACACGCCCCUACCCCAAUAGAAUGUGGACCUUAUUUUGAUAGACCGGCCCCACACAUAUGCAACCCAGGCAACAAAGUCGGUUAGUAGACACGCCCCUUACUGCUAAUUGGCUACAAGUGUGUUUUCGUACUCGGCCCGACUCCCUUUUCGAAAGUGUUUUUCAAAAAUCAUGCACCCCGCUUUUAACCUUCGUAUUGACCUAUAGAUGUAACCUUGUGUCAAAAUUAACCCAUAUUGGAAUUCUUGCCGGCAUAGUCACUUUUUUAUGUUUGUAACUAGUUCUUGAAAUAUGGUUAUUUCUAUAAAACAAUAUUAUAAAAACAGGCAUUUGCUUUGUUUAGAUUUUGUACCACGAUGGUAGUUAUUUCAAAUUCUAUAAUGAACGUGCCUUUCUCAGAAAUAAUUAAGGAAUAAUUGAUGACGCGCCGUUAAUUGCACACCCAAUAUGGUCAUGCCGUUACACCACGGGCGUGCAUUAUUUUCAAAUAAUUCAAAGGACCGGAGUCAAUUAUUCCGCUUAUACCACAAACAUUUGACAGGUCAGUUGUGGGUUUAUCAGAAUGUAUGCAUACCCAUGGAACAUUUCUCAAACAAUCAGAAUAAAGCAUUUAACAGCCCCGUGUUAUAAGUAAGGACUUAUUGAUGACGGCCCAUUGAAUUAUUUAAAAAUAAUGCACACCCAAGGUGGUAAUGGGGCAUGACGUGAAGCGGAGUCAAUUAUUCCCCUUAUACCACAGUUACCACAAACAUUGCUCUGUUGCCUAUUUUUAAGAUAUUUGACAUGUUAGGGGUGCGGUUUACAGAAAAAUAAUCAACACCCAUGCAACAGUUAUUAGCCAAUCAGAAUAAAGCGUUCAACAGCCCCGUUGUAUAACUAAUAUAAGUUAAUUUGAUGGAAAUUGGUUACAUAUUCAUUUCUAUUACUCUAAAUAAUAUUUUCUGGAAAGUGAGUUUUGUGAUGUUAAGUGUGAACCAUUUAUUUCACCUUGGGUGUGCAUUAUUUUCAAAUAAUUCAACGGCCUGUCAUCAAUUGUUCCUUACUUAUUAUUGGUAUUGUAAAACCAUGAAUGAUCUAAAGCUUUUAGAAUUGUAUAAUUUAAUUAAUUAAUAAUUUCAUUUAAAAUUUUACUCGUUUAAUUCCACAGGUUUUUUGUGGUAACAAUAAUUAUAAAAACCUUGAUAUCUUUAAAAACUAUAACAAAUGAAUGGAACGUUCUAAUAACGUUUACCUAACGUUUUAAUAACCAUACAAAUGAAAGGUAAAAAGGUUGUAAUUAAAUGUUUUCAAUAACGUUCUUAUAACGAACGUUUUCCUUUAUAACGUUUAAAAACAACGUUUCUGAAACCUAAUAGAAACGUUAUUACAACAUAAAAGCUGGGAUGGUACUUUGGUGGAAAGGUUACUAUGGUAAUCAGUUGCGAGAGCUGUUUGGUAUAUAAUCUUUUUGCCUUUAAUUACGACAUUUGAUUAUCAGUAAUUAUUUAUUUAUACACCGUUAAUGUUACGGUGGUGUGGUUUUGCUGUCUCUUUAAGACAGCGUAUUCGUGUUUAAUUCAGUGUGGCGUUAGUUGAAACCUGCUGCUGCUGCUGCUGUGCUGAUGUGGAUGCUGCAGUCGUCGGACCGUUAAUGAACAUUAAGCGAUAUUCAGUGGAUGUAUCCUCAAAUAAUCCAUUCUUUAUACAGCAUACACGAGUAUUUAAACUGAAGAUGCGUUGUAAUUAGCCUUUACAAAUCAUUACCAUCGUCUGUUGUGAUUUAAGACGGACGGACUGGUUUGGAUUUUCUCUGAGGGGACAACGUGCACAUCGCCAAAACGGAUAAAUAAACACCAUGUCGUCGGAAAAACACGGACUGGAGGAGGCAGCGGGGAGGCAGGCUAUGUCUCAGCAAAUGACACAGAUGGCUCCACCUCCAUAUCUGCCCUCCCAGGACCCCAACAUGCCCUCGCAUCCUCCUCCACCUGGCUGUGGCCCCCAGCCCAAUUACCCCCCUCCCCCUCCUCCUCCGGGAUCAGACGGGUACCUCCAGGAGACCCAGUUCCACUGCGGCACCCUCGGACCCCAGGGAGCUCAGAACGGUUACACGGUGCAGACGCACGGACCCGGCGGCACCGUUCCUCAUCCUCCAGUGGGCUAUUUACAUCCAGGAUACCCCCUCCAGCUGCAACCCUGCACGGCCUACGUGCCCGUUUACCCUAUAGGAGCAGGAGGACAGCCUUACCUGCCCAACGGUGCCCCCCACCCAGGUGUUGCCCCUGGCCAGAUGGCCAUGCACAUGCCAAAUGGCAUAGCUCUGAUGGAGCCUCGUCGCCCACCUCACGACUACCUGCCCAUCGCAGUCCUCACCACAGUCUGUUGCUUUUGGCCAACAGGAAUAAUCGCUAUCAUCAAAGCCGUGCAGGUGCGUACUGCUGUUGCUCGAGGUGACAUGGUGACGGCGGAGAUCGCGUCACGCGAGGCACGUAACUUCUCCUUCAUCAGUCUGGCAGUGGGCAUCGCCUCUAUUGUGCUCUGCACCAUCCUUACCGUUGUGGUCAUCAUCGCCUCUCAGCACCACGAUGAAGACUGGGAGCCCUAAAGCCGCCCAGAGGAACCCAUCUCCCCCCUCCUGCCCUACAGACCCCUGGUCACCAUUUUCAGCCGGUAUUCUGCUUAUUCUGCCAUACAAGCACAGAUAUGAGGGCUUAAGCCAACAUACCAUAAUCGUCUGUUAGUUAAUAUUUCAACCAUUGUACAUGUAUUAGUUACAAGACAGAUCAAUGGUAAGAUAAAUUUGAGCCUGGGGAUCACAACAACACCUCUGCACUGUAAACGUGCACAUGCGUACUCAUAUAAAUAUACAUGGACACUCCUUCCCCCCCCCAAAAAAAAACCUGUAUUAGAUCGAUAGCUUAUUAUAGUGUACUAAAGUCAGGUCCGAUGUGUUACCAUUUUGCUCUUGGAAUUGCAAAAAAAUCAAGGUAUUACAGGAACAAAAUAGUAUAUACUGAUUAUUUUGGUAUUAAUAAUCGAUGUUCAAAACAUUUCGGCCCGGUUUCAAAGGCAAGACUUCUCAGACAGCAGACGGUUCUGGGCCGGAACUGCACUGGAUCCGUACCGGAGCUGCUGACUUUGGCGCGGAUCCGGUGUUGGUCUGCCCCGGAGUCAUCUGCAGAUUUAGCCAGGCCUUAGUUAUAUUAGGCCCUUUACGUAGCUUUUAUACAUCUGACUUAGAAAAAACAUCACUGGUGUGCAUCAUGAGACAAAACAAUGGCACUGAUAUAUUUUAAGAUACGUCAGGGCAAGCUGUUUUCAGUUAAGAAAGCUUAAAAAUGCAAGUUUAGGCCUUGUCUGUGAAACUGGACUUUCAUCUUUAAUUUAUGCCAUUAAUCUCAUCAACCUGUAUUGUACCACAGAACCCAGCAAGCAAUUUUGCAUUUUAAAGACGUCUAAUAGCCAUUUAACUCUUACGAAAAUUAACCAUGGUUUUAUUGUUUGGUAAACGUGUAGUAACCAUGUUUUUUUUGGUGUAUUGAUUACUAUCAGCGAAUAAAGGGUUAUUUUGUGGUAACCAUGGUUUUACUACAGUAAUAAUGUUUUUUGCUUUUAACCGUAGUUAAACCAUGGUUAAUUUUUUAACCAAGGCUAAACCAAGGAAAGAUUUGAGCUCUCAGUAAAAAUGAAGAGAUGUCUAAUCAUAGCCCAAAAAUACAUUAAAUAAAAUAAAUAAGUAAAUGAAACCAAACAGCAUGUAAUUGCUGUUGACUUUGCUUAGAUGAAGUUAUUUAGGCAGAAACCGCAUUUUAAGUUUAUUUUGGCUAGAAGUGGGUUACUCGUAUCCGGACUAUAUCGGGUUUAUUAGUUAACCUAGACGGUGAAAUGACAGCUAUUGCUUGCUGGGAAAUUAUCAGCCUGAUCUCACGAGAAUUCGUACGUAUUUUAUGAGUUGGCUAAUUCAUAUGAAUUCAUACAAAGUGAAUCGUGCAAAAACUUAGGAUUCUCAUUAAAAAAACAAAACCUAACCCCGCACCUAACCCCAACAUAACAGGGGUCAAGGCCAUUCAUACAAAAACGUACAAAUGUGGUCGUAUGAAUUAAUACAAAUUAGCCAACUUGUAAAAUAUGUACGAAUUCUCAUGAGAUGGCGUUGCAAAUGAUAAAUUAUUGAUAUGUCCGUUAAACUGCCAAAUUUAUUCGCUGAAGAUAUGAAUAAGUAUUGAAAAUGUAAAAGUGUGUGUUGAUAUUUUAAAUGACAUAGAUUUUUACAGUGCAUACUUAAGGUAUAGAUUAUAACACUACAUACUAAAAUGCAUAAGCUUAAAUGCAUCCAGUUUUUCACACUUGCGUGACAGUGAGUGAUAUAGACAACUGUAAAAUACAGUAAACUUUUACAUUUUCCCAAAGGAUCUUUUACAUUACAUUUCAGUAGUAUUUAUAUCAGUAUUGUUCGCUUUUUUUCUGAUAUCUAAGGCCAGAAACUCUACACACAAGUACAUGAAUUUACCAUGCAUUUUUGCAUUCCUCUGGCUGUAAUAACAUCACGACUCGAGGGAUGCUAAGUUAGCUGAACACCUGACAGUUUAUCGUAAUUUCUUCUAUAGCCCCCUUGUUAAAUAAAAUGAAACUCCAGUUGCAACGUGAAAUUGAGUUUUUGUAGCUAGAAACGUUUGCAGUCGUGUACUUGUGUGAAGCUUGUUUCAGGCCUAAGUGUUUUCAAAUGUUCUGAAUUUAUUCAGUGUAAAGUUUAUUCAGAUAUACUGAAAUCAUUUACUGUAUUGUAGGAUGAAAUUAUUGCUUCAUAACGAACUUUUCCAAAAUGGCUUUUCAUUGAUGGAAGUCAUGGCAUUUCGGUGGUGUGAAAUAUUGUAUUAUUUAUUGUUUAAACACUAAAUUAUUCACUUGUGUAUUAAACUUCUGUAUUUAUUGA